GGUGACUGUGCAAUGUGCACGGUGAUUGUGCAACGUGCACCGUGAUUGUGCAACGUGCACCGUGAUUGUGCAAGCAACAUGCAUGGUGAUUGUGUGACAUGGGUAGUGAUUGUGCGACGUGGACGGUGAUUGAGCGAUGUGCACGGUGAUUGUUCGACGUGCACAGUGAUUGUGCAACGUGCGCGGUGAUUGCGCAACAUGCAUGGUCAUUGCACAGUAAUUGUGCAAUGUGCACGGUGAUUGCGCAACGUGCACAGUGAUUGCGCAUUGUGCACGGUGAUUGCGCAUCGUGCACGGUGAUUGCGCAACGUGCACGGUGAUUAUGCGACCUCCACGCGUUAUUGCAAGCACGCGGUGGCACCAAGGGGCUAGUGCCAGUCAGGGGGCGCACCGCACGCUGGGCAAGCUCGUAGAGCAGCAUGCUGUCCUCGAGCGUGGAGUGAGUCUUCUAGACUGAUGAGAGCAGCCUGCUGCACCAAGGAGGUAAUGCCAGUCACCGGGCGCACCCUGGGCAAGCUCAUAGUGCGCCAUGCGGCCCACACAUCUGGAGUGAGUCCAUCAUACAUUGACGCACGCAGAACGGUUGGUGAUGUGGUGCUUGUGACGUUUCUCCUCGUCAGCUCGCUGCCGUGUCCCCUUGAUGUGUCUCCUCUUCCUUCUCUGCUCUUCCUUCUCACCUCUUCCUUCUCUCCUCUUCCUUCUCUCCUCUUCCUUCUCUCCCUUCCCACCCUUUACCUGACUGGGAUGCCCCAGUGGCCUCGGAUCCUGUCCUAGACGCCCCUUCUCCUCCUCUCCUUCCUUCUCUCUCAUGCAAUCUCCCCCCAAUGGCCUCGAAUCCCAGAGGCCCAGUUCAUCGGCAACAGCUCGCUGUCCGCCCCUCUGGAAGCAGAAGUGCACGUGCCGAAAUCCGGUUUCGUCUACCUGUGGCUGGUUGUGUGACGUGCAAGUGCCGAGAGCCGGCUUUGUGCACAUGGUGGCCUCGGAUCCUCGAGGCCCAGUUCAUCGGCAACAGUUUGCUCUCGGCCCCUCUGGAGGCAGACGUGCACGUGCCAAGAGCCGGCUUUGUGUACUUGUGGCUGGCCAUGUGCGACAAGAACCUGGACAGCAGCAAGGUGUUUGGCCACACGGAGUGGCACGCGCACGGGUGGGGGUACCUGCCAGGGAUGCUGUCGAACUGCCUGCUGGUGCAAGCAGGCAUGCUGCUGCUCUACUUGGCUCUCCACCUCCUCUGGCGCCCCAAUUCGGCCCCGCCUGGCGCUCCCUCGACCGCAAUUCCCUCCCCCACUUCCUCACCUUCCUCCUCCUCCUCUCCCUCCUCUCCUCCCUCACCACCCUCUUAGAACUCCUCCUCCUCAGCGUCACUGGGGGCACCGAUUCGUUGUAGUCACACUGGCUGCGGUCACAGCGGGGGUGCUGCAGGGUCUGCUGCUGAGGGCGGUGCUGGUGGGGUGGCAGCGGGGUUUGGAACGCUGCUGCCGAAGCUGGGGCCCAUUCCAGGCAAGGUCCUGAUACCAGCAGUGCUCUACAUUCUCGUGGUGGGCGCGUGUGAGGGAGUGAGGAGCGUGGGGCAGGUGGACGACUGGGGCAGUGGCGAGCACGUGGCGCUGCGCACCCCCCCAGUUCUGCUGGACCUCCUCCUUGCUGCCUAUCUGUUCCCUGCUGCUCUUGCCACACUGGAACAGAUUAAGACGCAGGGCAUGCAGGCUGCUAGCAAUCAGAUGCUGGGCAUCUUUCGCCAUGCUCUGACAGCCAUGGGGGUCCUUGCCGCUGCUGCCCUCGCUCUAACCUGCUGGGAGGCCUACUUCAAGCUUUCAGACCCCCUCAAUCUGCAGUGGCAGUGGGACUGGCUCAUCACAGCUGCGUGGCACCUACUCUCCCUCCUCACCCUCGCAUCCCUCUGCUUCCUCUGGAGCCCGUCCCGCUUCUCCUCCAGGCACGAUGCAUCAGUACAAGAUGAUCAGGCAAUCGAGUCCCUGAUGUCCUCCUAGCCGCUUCUCGCCUCACGAGUCAAGAUUGGGGUUUCUAAGCGUAGAAGCUUGUUAUGCAUACCGCCCUUGUUAAAAUUCCCGCGAGGUGUUUCCAAGGGUUAUUGUAAGCCUGGUUGAACCAAUUAGCAAGGCUAAUCUUGCCGUAUAACAUCGUACAGCAUUUUAAGCAUCUAUAACGACCUGUCCCAUUCAGUAGUGUAGCAGCUGGGCAAACAAAAACUCCGCGUUACA